GCCCUUCUAGAAGGUUCCACAGGCUCCCUUCCCGCUGGUUAUAAGGCUCGGAGGGGCUAGUCGGCGGCCGCUUACUCAAUUCAACGGAUCAUCAGCACCUGCGACCGGCAUCAUGUCUAAGGGACCAGCAGUUGGAAUCGAUCUGGGCACAACCUACUCCUGUGUAGGUGUCUUCCAACAUGGCAAAGUGGAGAUCAUUGCCAAUGACCAGGGCAACAGGACCACACCCAGUUAUGUUGCCUUCACCGACUCCGAGAGGCUGAUCGGUGAUGCAGCAAAGAACCAGGUUGCAAUGAACCCCACGAACACUGUAUUUGAUGCCAAGAGACUGAUUGGUCGCAGGUUUGAUGAUGCGGUUGUACAGUCGGACAUGAAGCACUGGCCGUUCACCGUGAUCAACGACUCCACCCGUCCCAAGGUCCAAGUGGAGUACAAGGGCGAGACCAAAUCCUUCUACCCCGAGGAAGUCUCUUCCAUGGUGCUGACCAAAAUGAAGGAAAUUGCAGAAGCUUAUCUUGGGAAGACUGUCACCAAUGCUGUUGUCACUGUGCCAGCGUACUUCAACGACUCUCAGCGCCAGGCUACAAAAGAUGCUGGCACCAUUUCUGGGCUUAAUGUGCUCCGGAUCAUUAAUGAGCCAACUGCUGCUGCUAUUGCCUAUGGCUUGGACAAGAAGGUAUUUGUAUAUGAAGGUGAGAGAGCGAUGACCAAGGACAACAACUUGCUGGGCAAGUUCGAACUGACCGGCAUCCCUCCAGCUCCCCGUGGUGUUCCUCAGAUUGAGGUCACUUUUGACAUUGAUGCCAACGGCAUCAUGAACGUCUCUGCGGUCGACAAGAGCACUGGCAAGGAGAACAAGAUCACCAUCACCAACGACAAAGGUCGUCUGAGCAAGGAGGAUAUUGAGCGCAUGGUGCAGGAAGCCGAGAAGUACAAGGCUGAGGAUGAUGUGCAGCGCGACAAGGUCUCAUCCAAGAACGCCCUGGAGUCCUAUGCCUUCAACAUGAAGUCCACCGUUGAGGAUGAGAAGCUGAAGGGCAAGAUCAGUGAUGAGGACAAGCAGAAGAUCCUGGAGAAGUGCAAUGAAGUCAUCAGCUGGCUGGACAAGAACCAGACGGCCGAGAAGGAGGAGUAUGAGCACCAGCAGAAGGAGCUGGAGAAGGUGUGCAACCCCAUCAUCACCAAGCUGUACCAGAGCGCUGGAGGCAUGCCAGGGGGGAUGCCCGAGGGAAUGCCUGGCGGUUUCCCAGGAGCGGGGGCAGCUUCCGGAGGAGGAUCGUCGGGACCCACCAUUGAGGAAGUGGAUUAAGCCACUCCACUGUCCGUUUUCCACUACCUCUUUAUUUUGACAAGAGCAGGAUACUUGAGCUGUCUGUGGUACAGGUGUCUUUAAACGUACAUGUGGGAGCUUGGCGGUCCAGAUGUUUUCUGGUGGUAGAGCACUUAAUUGUUUUUUAAAGAUGUCAUGUGCCACAGUAUUCACAAAAGGACAAAUAAGACAUGGGCAUUUUUGUAUCGGUACUGAAAUUACUGUAUACAAUGUGUUUGUUCGACACUAAGUUUACCUUAAGUACUGUACCUGAGCAGUCCAUUUUUUAUGUUGAUGGGUAAUGGCUGUUGCAUUUGCACCCCCACUGUUUCAAUGCCUUGAAAGUAAAUUGCCUGUUUCAGAAAUAAAGAGUAUAUAUUGAAGUCUU